AUAUUCAAACCAUUCAACUCCAGCACCCGUGUCAGCCUGGAAUAACGAUUUCUAGCAUCGGAACAAGGCCAUGGAGUUUCUAUGAGGUGGAUUCAUAUGGUCGUAUUAUAUCAGCAGCACCGAAACUUGACUGGUACCUCAUUCCAUCGGCCCCGGAAGGAUGACAAUCAAUGUCGACUUUGGUAGGAGUUGAACUUGGGACGUCGAGAAACGAAACUAAAAUGCUACGAGGGUACAUGACAAGGACAAAUUUCAAAGACGUGAAAGUUUCUACAUUGACUCGAAUAUGAGAAUGAGAAAACAGACAUACAAAAAGUGUUGCCUCACCAUUGUACCUUUCAGUGAACUCUACAGUUUUACUGGUUUACUGACACACAGACAGACAGUUUGACAGAUUCAGCUUAUCAAAAUGAUGAGAGAAAUCGUAAAGAACCUUGCUGUAAUGAUGUCCACGAUGGUGGCUGUCCCUUACACAAUAGCUAUAUUGUGUAAUCUGCUGUAUGGCUGGCCUCUAUCACGACAACGCUUAAAAGAUUCUCUUAGUCUGAAAAAGGUUUUCGCCUUGAAUUACGCAGUUUGGCAGCAGAUGAAGCUCUUCAAAUAUUUCACUCUCUACAUUCGGCUGAAAUUCUUUUAUAAAUAUUCUCACUCUUCUUGGGUAAUAAAGAAUCUCACAUAUGGACGCAAUGAUAAACAGCUUGAUAUAUAUUUACCAGUCGGUGCCUAUAAGGAAGACAGCUUAAAACCAGUUUUAAUCUAUGUGUUUGGAGAAGGCUGGAGCACAGGAGACAAGAACAUGUGUGGCUUAGUGUGUUCUCAGAUUGCCGACCAAGUUGACGCUGUUGUCUGCUGCCCUAACUAUUCACUUUACCCACAGGGCUGUGCAGACGACAUGGUACAGGAUGUGGUCGAUGCCAUCAGUUGGAUACACAACUGUAUUCACAAAUAUGGUGGAAAUAAGGAAAAAAUCAUCCUGAUUGGUCACUCUUGUGGUGCUCACCUUUGUGUAAUGGCCAUUUUGGAACUCCUCCAUGGAGAAUUAAGGCUUGGGCGCCAAGGCAUUUCUCCACUGGACGACAGCAGUACAGACACUACUUCACAGCCUGAAACCAGACCAUUGGCUUUGGGUGCAGCAAACGAAGAGGACCAAGAUUCUGCUUCAACCGAGACAUUUUCCACACCAUCGCAAUCAAAAAACGUUAACGAGAUGAACCAUGAACCAAUGGACAUCGACACGCCGGAAAGCGAAGAUGAUGUCAGUGGAAGCAGCGUGGCUGGCUUUCGUAAAACUGCGACACACUUUCUAGAUAUGGAAGGUGAUGAAGAAGCUUCUGAUAAUGAUUCCGUUGUCACUGUUCGGCCGAAAGAAUUUGAUAGUGGCCCAAGUUUACAUGACAUGUGUAAAUCUAUCAAAGCUGUCGUAGGUCUGGCUGGUGUGUACAACAUAAAAGACCAGUAUGAACAUGAGAAACAACGAGGUUUAGAAGAUCUAAGCUGUAUCCAGAAAUGUAUGUAUGGAGAAGAUCACUUCAGUCGCUUUUCUCCGACAAUUAUCAUAGAAAGCUUGAAGAGAAAUAUCAAAUUACCGAAAAUGGUUCUUUUGCAUGGCACUGAAGACCAGGUUGUACCAAUGUCGUCCAGCACGAAAUUUGGUGAAGCACUCAGCAACAUCUUCGCUGAUGUCACUGUCCGAGUGAUUCCGUUCUGUGACCACUACAACAUUUUUGCCGACCUCAUGUCUCCAGAGAGACAUUUACAUGAUGUGGUAAUGAGCAUAGUCUUAGAAACGGCCAGAAGGUUCUUCUGAAGGAAGCAUCUUGCCACCAGGCUCUGUAGAAACUGCUACACAUUUCUUCAAAAAAAAAAAAAAAAAA